AUGAGUAAAAUAGUUGUAUUUGGUGGUAACGGACUUUUAGGUAAACGUAUUUGUCAAGAAAGUGUUAACCGUGGUUUAAAAGUUUAUUCUAUUACUCGGAGCGGCAAAACACCAACAUUCAAUAGUCCUGCAAAGCCUAAUGAAUGGGUAGAUAAAGUCAAUUGGUUAAAAGGUGAUUUGUUUGACCCUCAUUCUUACAAAUCUGUUCUAAUGGGUGCAGACCACGUAGUGCAUAGCGUGGGAAUUCUAUUUGAAGGUGCUGGUUACAAGAAAUUGGCAAAUGCCCCUAUCACUUCCCUCCCGGGAGUCAUAUGGGAUGAGGUCUGUAAAGGUCCUGAACAACCUAAUCCGUUUGAGACUGAACCAUUAACGUAUCACAACGUUAACACUCGUGCAGCUACUCUAUUAUGCGACACAGUUAGCGAGGUUGCCAAGCAUACCAAAUCAACGAUAUCGUUCUCUUAUAUCUCAGCACAUAACGGUUCUCCAUUGAUACCACAGGGAUACAUUGACUCCAAGAGAGCUGCUGAACAUCAUAUAUUACAUCACUCCGAUCCUGAAUAUGUCCGUCCUUUGAUUCUCAGACCAGGGUUUAUGUAUGACCAAGAAGAGGGCUUGCUUGACAACCCUCGUUAUGCUAUCUCGAAUGUGGUAGGGCUGGGCAACUGCUUUGGUAUGAUUCCAGCGCCACUCACUACUCAGCAGGUAGCCGCCCAGCUGGUAUCUCGACUAGGCGACCCUCAAGCCUGCGGCGUUGUCUCUGCCGAUGAGUUGGCCAAGCCUGUUCUGGUUUAA